AGAAGUUAUAUAGACACACCAUGAAUUAAUUGUAAUAAUGCAGAGGGACUGUGCCAUGUAACAGGAAGACAGCCGAUGUGUGCAGAGAGAGGUCGGCAAAAACACUACCUUAUAUUAUUAAGCAUGUGAGAAUAGACUAGUUUUCUGAAAAGGUUACUCCCAACACCAACAUACCUGCAUAUGGAAAUAGACUGACUGGUUUUGUGAAAGGAUCAAGUCUCUGUGGGAGAUUCUGCUUGUAAACGCAACACCAUGCCUCUGUUUGAGCUUUUGAGGCACACCAAAUCUAAUCUUGAAUCUGCUCAAGACCAGAACCCUUCUCCACCUUUGGAUGAAGUUGUUGAGCUGGUGUGGGAAAAUGGACAGAUUUCAACUCAAAGCCAGUCAAGCAGAUCAAGGAACAUUCCUCCACCACAAUCUGUUCAUCAAGCAAGCUCUUCGAGGCCUAGAGAGAUUGGGAACGGCUCAAAGACGACGAUGGUGGACGAGAUCCCAAUGUCAGUGCCGUCUCUAAUGACGGGUUUGAGUCAAGACGAUGACUUGGUUCCAUGGCUGAAUCAUCAUCACUCCCUAGAUGGAUAUUGCUCUGAUUUCUUGCAUGAUGUGUCUCCCGUUACUGUCAACGAGCAAGAGAGCGAUAUGGCCGUUAAUCAAACUGUUUUCCCGCUGUUUCAGAGAAGAAACAGUGGCAAUGAUUCAGCUCCUGCUGCUUCUUCGUCGCGGUAUAACGAUUUCCAGUCACAUUCUCUGUAUGGAAGUGAUAGAGCUAGAGAACCUGGUAGCCAACAAGCCAAGCCGAAUCGGUUUACUCAGACACAGGAACCGUUAGUCACUAGUAACAAGCCUGGUUUGAUCAACUUUUCGCAUUUUUUGCGCCCUGCAACUUUGACCAAGACUAAUAACCUUCAUGGCACUAAAGAGAAGAGUCCUCAAAGCCCGCCGACGGCGAAUGUGUUUCGGACUAGAGUUCUUGGAGCUAAAGUCUCUGAAGAAAAGGUUCUUAACGAGUCUGUUGCUUCUGCUAUGCCUAAGGAUAACCAAAAGGCUUGCUUGGUUUCAGAGGACUCGGGUAGAAAAGAACAAGAUAGUGAGAAGGCCGUUGUAUGUUCUUCUGUUGGCUCGGGUAAUAGUCUCGAUGGCCCAUCCGAAAGUCCUUCACUUUCUUUAAAAAGAAAGCAUUCGGAUGUUCAAGACAUUGACUGCCAUAGUGAAGAUGUUGAAGGAGAAUCGGGAGAUGGAAGAAAGGAAGCAGCUCCAUCUCGAACGGGCAUGGGUUCAAAGAGAAGCCGUUCGGCUGAAGUACAUAAUCUGUCUGAAAGGAGACGGCGUGAUAGGAUUAACGAGAAGAUGCGUGCUCUUCAAGAACUCAUACCAAACUGCAACAAGGUGGACAAAGCUUCGAUGCUAGAUGAAGCAAUCGAGUAUCUCAAGUCACUCCAACUUCAAGUGCAGAUCAUGUCAAUGGCGUCUGGUUAUUACAUGCCACCGGUUAUGUUUCCGCCGGGUAUGGCCCAUUACCCGGCAGCAGCAGCAGCAAUGGCAAUGGGUAUGGGAAUGCCUUAUGCAAUGGGCUUGCCUGAUUUGAGCCGAGGCGGUUCCUCGGUUAACCACGGACCACCACACUUCCAGGUCCCGGGGAUGCAACAACCAGUGGCGAUGGCGAUUCCACGCGUCUCUGGUAGUGGUUUCUUUACGGGUUCUUCAACGAUGGAGAUGAAUAAGGGCGAUGAUGGUUCGACUAGAGAUCUAUCGGGUUCUAAAGAUCAAACGACGGCCAAGAACAACAACAAUAGCUUGAAACCUAUUAAGAGAAAACAUCCGUCUUCUGAUCACUUUUGUGGAUCGUCGUAACGUAUAUUAUAUAUACAAAGUUAAGGACUGAUGCAUCAAUCGUUAUCAAUAUAGCAUUCAAACAAAUCAAUUCUACAUAACCAAAAUUAUUGUGUUAUCAAAUGAUAUGUAGUAGCAUGAGUUACAGGCCUGUAGCUUAUGGCUAAAACUAGGGUGAUGGGUUUCUCAGCCCAUUUCGUUAAAGACCUUUAUGGUCAUUUUGUAUUGUUCACGAAAAAGUAAGUUGUCAACUUCUCAUAGAUGCUAUACUAUUACCUACGAUAAGUUUAUAUAAAUAGCAGAAUUUUAACAUUAAUAUGAA